CCGCACCGCCGGCGCUCCCGCGGCCUUCGGCGGGGCGGCCGCGGCCCCGGGGCGGACGGCGGGGCGGGGAGGCGCCGGCGGUGUUGAGGCGGAGCUCGGGGGAGCCUGGCUGGCUGCUGCAGGCGGAGGGCGGGCGGGGAGAGAGCCGCCCUCCGCUCUUCUCCUCCCGGCGGCCGGCGAGCAGCCCGCAGAGGGACGCGGGCUCCCGGCGCUCCUGCAUAAAAAAUGGCAUUUCAGAAGGCAGUGAAAGGAACUGCUCUCAUUGGAGGAGGUGCCAUAGCAACAGUUUUUGGCCUCUCUCAAUUUUCUCAGUAUAGAAACAAACACGGUGCCUUGGUGCAGGUUGAGGCUGCAGAAGGAGCUCCAGUGAGGAAGGACCAUCUCCCCACGAGAGAGCAGCAGCUCGUGGCCCUGCAGAGCGGCGAGGAGUUCGAUGUGCUCGUCAUCGGCGGGGGAGCCACGGGCUGUGGCUGUGCCCUGGAUGCAGCCACCAGAGGACUAAAAACAGCCCUUCUGGAAAGAGAUGAUUUCUCUUCGGGGACCAGCAGCAGGAGCACUAAAUUGAUCCACGGUGGAGUGAGGUACCUCCAGAAGGCCAUCAUGAAGUUGGAUUUUGAGCAGUACAGGAUGGUGAAGGAGGCUCUGGAGGAGCGUGCACACCUGCUGCAGAGCGCGCCCCACCUCUCGGCCCCGCUGCCCAUCAUGCUCCCCAUCUACAAGUGGUGGCAGCUGCCCUACUACUGGAUUGGGAUCAAGCUGUAUGACCUGGUGGCAGGCAGCCAGUGCCUGAAGAGCAGCUAUGUGCUGACCAAGGCCCGGGCCCUGGAGCUGUUCCCCAUGCUGCGCAGGGACAAGCUGGUGGGAGCCAUUGUCUACUACGAUGGACAGCACAACGACGCGCGCAUGAACCUGGCCAUCGCCCUGACCGCCGCCCGCUACGGCGCUGCCACCGCCAACUACACCGAGGUGCGGCACCUGCUCAAGGGCCCGGGCACGGGCCGCGUCUGCGGGGUGCGCUGCAGGGACGUGCUCACCGGGAAGGAGUUCGAUGUCAGAGCCAAGUGCGUUAUCAAUGCCACGGGACCUUUCACAGACUCAGUCCGCAAAAUGGAUGAUCAGGAGGUGCCCAACAUCUGUCAGCCCAGUGCAGGCGUGCAUAUCGUGAUGCCUGGUUAUUACAGCCCUGACAACAUGGGGCUGCUGGACCCGGCCACCAGCGAUGGCAGAGUGAUCUUCUUCCUGCCCUGGGAGAAGAUGACGAUCGCAGGCACCACGGACAGCCCCACGGAUGUCACCUCCCACCCCAUCCCCACGGAGGAGGACAUCAACUUCAUCCUGAGCGAAGUGCGCAACUACCUGGGCCCCGACGUGGAAGUGAGAAGAGGAGAUGUGCUGGCAGCCUGGAGUGGCAUCCGGCCCCUGGUCACCAACCCCGACUCCAAGGACACCCAGUCCUUAUCCCGGAACCACGUCGUGACCAUCAGCGACAGCGGCCUCAUCACCAUUGCAGGUGGGAAGUGGACAACCUACCGCGCCAUGGCGCGGGACACCAUCGACGCGGCCGUGCGCGAGCACAGCCUGCAGGCAGGCUCCUGCAGAACCAUGGGGCUGCAGCUGGAGGGGGCUCAGGACUGGAGCCCCACGCUCUACAUCAGACUGGUCCAGGACUACGGACUGGAAAGUGAGGUGGCUCAGCACCUGGCUUCCACCUACGGGGACAAGGCUUUUGAGGUGGCCAAAAUAGCCCAGGUGACAGGGAAGAGGUGGCCUAUUGUUGGGAAACGUCUGGUAUCUGAAUUUCCUUACAUUGAAGCUGAGGUGGUGUAUGGGGUGAAGGAGUACGCGCGCACCGCCGUGGACAUCAUCUCCCGGCGCACCCGCCUGGCCUUCCUCAACGUGCAGGCUGCCGACGAGGCCCUGCCCCGCAUCGUGGACAUCAUGGCCAAGGAGCUCAACUGGUGCGAGCAGAAGAAGAAGGAAGAGCUUGAAACCGCUAAAACAUUCCUGUACUAUGAAAUGGGCUACAAAGUGAAAACAGAUCAGUUAACAGACAGGUCUGAGAUCAGCCUGGUGCCUUCAGACAUUGAGAGGUACAAGAAGCGGUUCCGCAUGUUUGACAAGGACAAGAAGGGCUUCAUCACCAUCCUGGACGUGCAGCGAGUGCUGCAGAGCAUCAGCGUGCAGAUGGACGAGAACACCCUCCACGAGAUCCUCAACGAGGUGGAUCUCAACAAAAACGGGCAGGUGGAGCUCAACGAGUUCCUGCAGCUGAUGAGUGCCAUCCAGAAGGGCCGUGUGUCGGGCAGCAGGCUGGCCGUGCUGAUGAAGAGCGCCGAGGAGAACCUCUGGCGCCGCCAGGCCAUCCCUGUGGACCGCAGCGGCGGCGGGCUCUGAGCCCCAGGGCGCUCCUGGCCCCGGGGCAGCUCUCCCAGGAGACUCCGGUGUUUGUCCUGGCACCGAUGAUUUCCCUGCUGCUCCGGGACGUGGCCUGGCUGGGGUGUCCUGGCAGGGCUCAGGAGUGCGGGCUGCAGCGCUCUGGGCACGCCCUGCCCCGGCCCUUGACGUUUGCAUCGCCUUCACUUGGGUGCUCAGAGGGAAUCCUGCCCUUCGACGCGCUGAGUUCUGCCAACACGACAUCUCUAAGCUGCCUCUGCCUCUUCAGCAAGGAGCAAGAGAGGGAAAGCUGUGCUCUGGAGUGGAGACACCAUUCCAGAGGAGCACUUCCUGGGGGUGGGGGCAGUGGAGACGUGUCCUGAGCCUGCUCUGGGUGGUGGGUUUGCCCUGUUACUGCAGUGCUGCCAGCACUUGGCCACUCAGAAAUUCCAGCCGGAAAACAAGACACCUGGAUUAAUCACCCGAGGUAAUAAUGUAGCUGAAAGCUGGGCACAGCUUCCCUUCUCCCCUGUUAACACAAAUAAACUGCCUCUAAUAAAUGGCAUUGUCUGCAGGUGGUGCUUUGUGCAGUGAAAUAAAGGCAAAAGGUGUUUUAUACUAAAAAGAGCUUCAAGCUUGGGGCAAACCCUGAUGCUGUGUAGGACAGAGCAGGUUUUGGUAGCACAACGUUGUUAAAUAUUAAUUUAAAAAUGCUCAGACACAGUGAAAAAAACAAAGUGUGUGUCUUGCAUCCUACUAACUUUUCUAGAAGAAAAGGGCUGUUUUUCAGCAGCUCAAUGGAAAACCAAAGCGUGGAGCCCUCACUGGAGCUGUUUCCAGCACUGCUGUACCUGCCUGUUGUCCCCCUGCUGCUGGGUUGGGCUGAGAUCAGGUGGGAGAUUGCUGCCUGAUGUAGAACAAGGCAGGGAAGCCUGGUUUUCUGCUGGAUUUGGCAUCUGCUGUAUUCCCUGAGUAGAGCAAUUUCCACCUCAAAUCAAGCUUCACUUCCCAGGGGUCAGAAUUUCUGCUGAAGUAAAAAAUUUGAUGUAUUUAACUGGUAUCACCACGUCCACUGAUGGAAAAUAACAUCCAUCAGGGAUGCCCAACAGGGCAGGAGUGAACAGCAAGGAUUCCUUGAUACUUUAACAGGGAAAAUGGCUCCAGACACAAAUGGAGAUGCUGAGGAGUGGUGGGUUAUAGCACAGUGAGUGCAGAUGCUGUCUUGGGCUGCAGUAGCAGAGCCCUUAACAAAAACAUUAAACAUCCAGGUGCUGAGAAACAGUAGAUACAGAAGAAAAGGGUAAGACUCACCUAAAAUGAGUUCCUAGAACAGCUCAGAUGGGGUUUGCCUGUUCAGUUUGCUUUUUGGUGCAGAUGUUGUUCAGGCUCUGGCUCUGUGCUUCGAGCAGGGCUGAGGAAGGGGGAGUUGGCACAUCUGGCACCACAAGGAUGAACAAAGGGGUUUGUUCCCAUGGCCCUGCAGGCUUUUCCUUUUGAGCUGUGUUCCAGAAUGUUCAGGGCAAGGAUGGAACGUUUGUGUUCAAACGCACGGUGACAGGUUCCACAUGUCCUGCAGAAUGAAGUGAAUGUGUAACACACAGAAAUUUUGGCUCAGUGAGCGAGGGAAGGGUGCAGGAUUCUGCUGUUAACAGAAGUGUAAGGGGAAAAAAACAAAGUAAAAGUCAUGAAGCCUUUUCCAGGCCACGUGAGGAAGAAAUAUUUCCAGUGUUGAACAGGUAUUUUGUAAGGAAAAAAUAUUUUCACUAUUGAACAGCUUUUGUACAGUUUAAAGAUAAAUUCUCCACUCCUCUCUAACUUGCAUUGUUAAAAUAAUAACCUGAAUUUACCUGGAAAGCAGGAUUUCUGUGUUGUACCUAAAAUAUGCUCUUUGUUCUCAUUUUGCUAAUCUUGCUUCUGGAAUGUGGCUGUGGGUUCUCCUGGCUGUGUGUCCCUGGGCAUGGAUUUGCUUUGUGUCACCUCCUGCUCCCCUGCAGGGCACAGCCAGGCCUGCAGUGACAGGGACAGCUGCACGUGUUCCCCCAGCAGUACAGGAAAACUCCCACGUGUUUGUUUAUUUAUCCCCUGCUCCUGUCUGCAGGAAUGCUGCCUUUGCUCUGUGGGGCUUUUCGUGUGGGUGUGCUGUGGGAAGAGUUGUGUGGUGUCUCUGUCUUGCUGCGCUGGUCUGGGAUGGAAAAGCAGGAGUGGGACUGUGUGUGUGAAGUGAAGAUUUCUGGGUUUUCUCUGGGUGUUUUGUGUUGUAAGUGACGUGCCCCUGUGGGGAGGGGGGGUCCAUGCAGUGUCUGGGUGUGUAUAAAUACCUGUACAGACACGCUGCAGGUUUCCACGUGGCACUUCGGUCUGUUGUCAGGUUCCUCUUGCAGCCUGGGCUGUAAAAUAAUGCUGUGUUUGAAACUGGGUUGUCAUUUUUACAACUGUCCUGGUGUUUUCCUGCCAUUAUUUAUUACCUUUGAUAUCUGGAAUGAGCCGCAUGCGUUUAUUGAGCAAUAAGAGGAUGUAUUUAAUGUGCCUUGUUUUUAACUGAGUGAGGACUGAAAGCAUGAAUCAAUAAAACUGGCUAAAAAAGCUC